GGAGAGGUGUAGAGUGAGGGUAGGUCCGCCUCGCGUCCUCAGAGCCCGCUGGAGCCUUGGAGCUGCAGCUUGCAGACUUCUCCCCCACCGGGCUGGCAAAAAGCGUGCUCCGAGGAGCGUGGGACUCCCGUCCGGACCUGCAAACCUGAGAGGAAUCUUUUCUUCAGCCUUUUGGAAUAACACUUGGAGCUAGCGGCAUGAGUCCUGUAAGGCGGGUGGGUAGCCCCUGCCUUUUACCUUUGCAACUCUUCAGCCUCUGCUGGGUACUCUCAGUGGCCCAGAGCAAGACAGUGCGAUACAGCACCUUCGAGGAGGACGCCCCUGGCACGGUCAUCGGUACCUUGGCUGAGGACCUGCAUAUGAAAGUGUCCGGAGAUACAAGCUUCCGCCUGAUGAAGCAGUUCAACAGCUCGCUGCUGCGUGUGCGCGAGGGUGACGGGCAGCUGACCGUCGGGGACGCGGGCCUGGACCGCGAGCGGCUGUGCGGCCAGGCCCCACAGUGCUUGCUGGCCUUCGACGUUGUCAGCUUCUCGCAGGAGCAGUUCCGGUUGGUGCACGUGGAGGUGGAGGUGAGGGACGUCAACGACCACGCACCACGCUUCCCACGGGCCCAGAUCCCCGUGGAGGUGUCCGAGGGCGCAGCCGUGGGCACACGCAUCCCCCUGGAGGUGCCGGUGGACGAGGACGUGGGCGCCAACGGGCUGCAGAGCGUGCGCCUCGCGGAGCCACAUAGCCCCUUCCGCGUGGAACUGCAGACUAGAGCGGACGGCGCCCAGUGUGCUGACCUGGUGCUGCUGCAGGAGCUGGACCGCGAAAGCCAGGCCACCUACAGCCUGGAGCUGGUGGCCCAGGACGGCGGCCGCCCGCCUCGCUCUGCUACGGCCUCCCUCAGCGUGCGCGUGCUGGACGCCAAUGACCACAGCCCGGCUUUCCCGCAGGGUGCCGUGGCCGAGGUGGAGCUGGCAGAGGACGCUCCAGUGGGCUCGCUGCUGCUCGACCUGGACGCCGCUGACCCCGACGAGGGCCCCAAUGGUGAAGUGGUGUUCUCCUUCGGCGCCCGCACCCCGCCCGAGGCGCGCAGGCUUUUCCGCCUCGACCCGCGCUCGGGACGCCUCACCCUCGCGGGACCCGUGGACUACGAACGCCAGGACACCUACGAACUAGACGUGCGGGCGCAGGACCGUGGCCCCGGGCCUCGAUCCGCCACCUGCAAGGUCAUCGUGCGCAUCCGCGACGUCAAUGACAACGCGCCAGACAUCGCUAUCACCCCGCUGUCUGCCCCGGGCGCGCCUGCCGCCUCGCCCUUCGCCGCCGCCGCUGCCGCCGCCGCCGUUCUCGAGGGGGCGGACACGACCUCAUCUACCGGGCCCGGGAUGCCAGAGGGUAGUGCUAUCUCGCUGGUGCCAGAGGGGGCGGCGCGUGAGAGCCUGGUGGCUCUGGUCAGCACCUCGGACAGGGACUCAGGCGCCAAUGGGCAGGUGCGCUGCGCCCUCUACGGGCACGAGCACUUUCGGCUACAGCCGGCCUACGCGGGCAGCUACCUGGUAGUGACCGCCGCAUCCUUAGACCGCGAGCGAAUUGCCGAGUACAACCUGACGCUGGUGGCGGAGGACCGCGGUGCGCCCCCGCUACGCACCGUACGGCCCUACACAGUGCGCGUGGGUGAUGAGAAUGACAAUGCUCCACUCUUCACGCAGCGGGUCUACGAGGUGUCAGUGCGCGAGAACAACCCGCCUGGCGCCUACUUAGCCACCGUGGCUGCCCGGGACCCAGACCUGGGCCGUAACGGCCAGGUUACCUACCGGCUCCUGGAGGCUGAGGUGGGCCGCGCUGGGGGCGCCGUGUCCACCUACGUCUCAGUGGACCCGGCUACCGGGGCUAUCUACGCGCUGCGCAGCUUCGACUAUGAGACGCUGCGCCAGCUCGACGUGCGCAUCCAGGCGAGCGACGGCGGCAUCCCUCAGCUCUCCAGCAGCGCCCUGGUGCAAGUGCGGGUGCUGGACCAGAACGACCACGCACCGGUUCUGGUACACCCGGCACCCGCCAACGGCUCUCUGGAAGUGGCAGUCCCCGGGCGCACUGCAAGGGACACUGCUGUGGCGCGCGUGCAGGCCCGGGACGCGGACGAAGGAGCUAACGGGGAGCUGGCAUUCGACCUCCUGCAGCAGGAGCCGCGAGAAGCCUUCGCCAUCGGCCGCCGCACGGGGGAGAUCGUACUCACCGGCGAUCUCUCGCAGGAGCCGCCGGGCCGUGUGUUCCGGGCGCUACUGGUCAUAUCUGACGGCGGGCGUCCCCCGCUCUCUACUACUGCCACAGUUAGCUUCGUGGUAACAGCAGGCGGCGGGCGUGGGCUGGUGGCUCCCGCCAGUGCCGGGAGCCCAGAGCGCUCUCGCCCACCCGGCUCGCGGCUCACGGCGUCGGGGCCAGCGCUACAAUGGGAUACGCCGCUGAUCGUCAUCAUCGUGCUGGCCGGGAGCUGCACGCUGCUGCUGGCCGCUAUCAUCGCCAUCGCCACUACCUGCAAUCGCCGCAAGAAGGAGGUGCGCAAAGGGGGGCCCCGCCGGGAAGAGCGGCCCGGGGCGGCGGGCGGCGGCGCCUCGGCUCCUGGCUCCCCGGAGGAGGCCGCCCGGGGAGCCGGGCCCAGGCCCAACAUGUUCGACGUGCUCACCUUCCCUGGCAGCGGCAAAGCGCCAUUUGGCAGCCCCGCGGCCGACGCGCCCCCGCCCGCGGUCGCGGCGGCCGAAGUGCCGGGCUCGGAGGGCGGCAGCGCCACGGGGGAAAGCUCCUGUCACUUCGAGGGGCAGCAGCGGCUCCGCGGCGCGCACGCCGAGCCCUACCGUGCCUCCCCUGGCUUCGGAAAGGAGCCGGCGCCCCCUGUGGCGGUCUGGAAAGGACACUCUUUCAACACCAUCUCUGGCCGAGAAGCAGAAAAGUUCAGUGGCAAAGAUAGCGGCAAAGGGGACAGUGAUUUCAACGACAGCGAUUCUGACAUCAGCGGGGACGCUCUGAAAAAGGAUCUAAUCAACCACAUGCAGAGUGGACUGUGGGCAUGCACGGCUGAGUGCAAGAUCCUGGGCCAUUCUGACCGCUGCUGGAGCCCAUCAUGUGGAGGGCCCAACACACAUCCUUCAGCUCACCCACCAGCCCAGAUGUCAACCUUCUGUAAGAGUACGUCGCUACCUAGGGAUCCUCUGCGCAGAGACAAUUACUACCAGGCCCAGCUGCCCAAGACAGUGGGGCUGCAGAGCGUCUACGAGAAAGUGCUGCACAGAGACUAUGACAGGACGGUCACUCUGCUUUCCCCUCCUCGUCCUGGGAGGCUCCCAGACUUGCAGGAGAUUGGGGUGCCCCUCUACCCAUCCCCCCCUGGCAGGUACCUUUCCCCAAAGAAGGAAGCCAAUGAAAAUGUGUAACCCCAUGCUGCAUGAUGUCUUCACACAUAUACAGGUCACUCUGAGAAAUCCCUAAGUUAUUGACCAGUUUCAGUGUUGUAUAUAUAAAUAUGCAAGAUGUGCCUUAAAAUGAAGUUGUUGGAAGCUAUUUCCAAUCACAUUGGUACUGUUUGGUAUUUGCAAACAAAAAUGUAGUUAAUGUAAUUUUUAUGAAAUGUGUCGUAUUUAAUUUUUCUUAUGCUAUUGACUUUAAUUUCACUUGCAGCUUGCCAUUUUCUUAGUGUUUUUAACCUGUACAUUGUGUAAUGUAAUGUUUGUAUAUAAUGAAAUUUUGUUAUAUUUUUAUAUAAUAAAAGCUAAAGUGGAAGUUAUUGCCAAAGGAAAUGUCUAUAAGACAAAAAGCAAAACAUGUUGGAAUUACUUAUUGGAAAUUUAUCUUUUACCUGAAACAACCUAGUGUUUGAGAAGUUUUGCCUUGCCAAGUAUAACUUGUAUAUCUUGAGUCUGUGGUAGAUUUCAAGUUCAAUGUUAUUUAAUUACAUUUGGUUUUCUGUAAACCGUGUCACUUAUAAGCACAGUAAUAAAGGAUUUGUCAUGUGUUUGAAGAA